AUGCACUCCUCGUCUUUGGCAAGUUCUAUCGCUACAAAUCUAGACCUGGUGCCUGAUUCUCGCGGAUGUUCAGUAUACUGUGGCAGAGGGGACAAGAAGACUGCUAGAGGCAAGCGUUUCAAUCACUCCUUUGGCAAUGCGAGGCCGAAGGACAAGAAUAAGGGAAGAGGACCGCCGAGGGUUUCCGUACCGCCGGCGCCGCCGAGGAAAGAUAAGUAUGAUGAUGGAGAGCUCAACAAAAAUGGUAAAGAUUUUGAAAUCAAACAAGGCGGUGGUCCUCCUACAGGGGGCAUUUCGCUCGCCACAAAGCCAUCAUCGAAGAACAUAGACAACGACACCCGUGCGGAUAGCGCCCUUAAAGCCACCAUUGUGAAAAAUUUUGACGACGAUGUUCGCGGCCGCAAUGAUGGCCAUUACUUGUUCACCAGUAUUGUCAAGUACCCUAGCAAGGUCACCCACAAGGAUUCUGCCAAGAAGUUGAGUGUAGAGGCAUUUGUCAAGGCCAAGAAACAGAACGGCAGGAUAGCUUACGUGGUGGUGAUGGGUGGCAAUUGUGGUGGUGUGGGUGUGAUCAGCUUUCAGAAAGAAGAUGCUCUCUUAGAGUUUUGUGUUCUCUUAGAGCUUCGUACUCUCUUCGAGCUUCAGAAAGAAUAUGCUCUCUUAGAGCUUAGGAAAAUAGAUGCACUCUUAGAGCUUCGUGCUCUCUUAGAGUUUCAGAAAGAAGAAUGCUCUCUUAGAGCUUUGGAAAACAUAUAUGCUCUCUUAGAGCUUUGUUGA